GCAGCGUCAUCACCCAUCAGCGCAGUGAAAGUUUUCCAUUUUUCCUCGCGUCGUGAGCAAAAAUCGUGUCUCAAAAUCCGCAAAUGAGGAUGUGAGAAAUCCUGUUUCCGCAAAGAGUGGCUGAAAACCUUUCGUCGUUCACCAAUAAUAUUUACGUUUGCGAAGAAAUUGUCGCCGCCGUUUUGUGAAUUGUGGGCGCGUUUAGCCAGUAGUAAAAUCGCCAAGCACGGAUUCUGGUGCAUUUGCCUGUUCCUCCGCCAUGGGGCCAUUGGAUAAGCCGAAAAGCGCGUCCAAUGAGCAGAAGGAGGAGCUGGUCAAAAUAUUCGAAGAGUACAACAACCGACCGAAGCAUGAAAGUUCCGAAACCGAUUACAAAGAGCGUCAGAGAUUUUGGAUUGAGGCAACGCAUCGAUUGAACCAGAUUCCUGGCGGGACUAUGAAAUCCACUGCCAAGUGGGUCAAAUAUUGGGCAGACGUUAUAAUAAACCUGAAGCGCAAGUGUCGAUUAGUGGCGGAGGGAAGAUCGAAAAAGAUCGGUCCCAACCAGCUGGAGAUUCGGAUACUGACGGCAGCCAACUGUUUCGACGUUCUGGAUCAGUGGACCAAAGCCCUCGGAACGGAUAAUAUCGUAACGUUGGAUGCAGCCAUGGUGAAUGAUCACGAAGAGUAUUUCCCGGAUGAUAACGGUGUCCAGAAGGAGGAAAUCGUUAUCGAGCACUAUGCAGACGAUCAGCUGGAUGAGGAAUUCGUUACAACGUUCUCAAAGCCCAUCGUAAGUGAACACGUCCAGGAGACGGUUACAACCGAGUUGGAAAUCCGGAAACCCACCAUCGAAGAGAUGAAGAACAUGGCCGUGAAUGCUGCGGUCACCACGACGGAAUACGUGGAAAUGACUGCGGCAGCCCUCGAGGGGACCAGCGAGUUCCUAAAGCCGAAAACCGUCCGGCCAAGCGAACACCAACGGCUUCGGGAAGAUCUAAAACGAACCUCAGAGAAGCUCGAAUCGGUGAUGAAGAAGCGCCGGAUGGACGAUUCCAAAAUUGCCAUCGCCCAGGCACUGACCAACAUGUCUGCCGCGAUGCUCCAACUCUCGAAUGGACUUAACGAGCUGGCCAACGCGCUCACCAACGAUGCAAUCUAACAACGGUACAAAACCGACUGUCGAUUAUCCGGAACGUAUCGGUGCACUUUAGGGAUACGUUUGGGGUUGCUCUAUUUUAAGGUAUGAUUAAACAUUGUGUGUAUGAUAAAUUGUGGAAAUAAAUUUAGAACUUAUAAUCUA